AUGGUAUAUGGUUUUCAAUAUUGGAAAGCAGAUGUUUUGGGUCAUGAUUUACAGGCUACAGUUUCUUUUAGUUAUUUUGACUCACAACCAAGUUGGUCUAAUAUUAUAAUUUAUAGAUGUUUAACUGAUCAAUGUAAUAGUCCAGCAAGAUUGAAAAGUUUAUUAGAAUCAUUCAAAUUUGUUAAUAAAUUAGAACAACUUCAAUAUCUUCUCGAAAAAGAUGAAGCAUUUGAUGGAAAACAAUGUCUUUUUUUUUCUAAUACAACUCAAUAUCAGAUGUUUUCACUAAAAAAGAGUGAUCCACCGACAUGUAAACAAUGUAUGACUAUAGUAAACAUGACACCAAAAAAGAAAGUUAUAGAGGCAUCAUGUUAUUCGUUACAAACUUCAUUAAACACGGUAAAUCAGCGUGUAGAAUUCGAUAUAAAUGAUCGAACUCGUUCACCUAAUUGGUAUAUAGCUUGUCAACGAGCUAAUUGCAAUACACUUGAUGUUGGAGAUUUAAUUUAUCAAAAUAGUUUAAUUGAUUUUAACUUGGAAAAAUUUAUCGAUAAAACAUCAGCUGGUUUAUCAAUAAGAUUUUCAUCUAGUUUUUUUAUAGUUUUUCAAAAUGCAUUUAAUAAAAUUCAAGCUUUUCUAAUGGUGCCUGGACAAAAAUGGAAUUAA